UCUUUAUUUUUUAUCCUCUUCUCUAGGUUGGAGAGUCCCUUUCAAACCUUUAGCCUAAUCAUUCAUUCAUUCAAUUCAUUCUCCCCCAACUCCAUUAAUUAAUUGUGUAUAUUUUUCGUUGUCCAUUCGAAACUCAUGGCAGUUGCUGCUGCGCUACGCCAACCAGAUGUUUCUGUAUAAAUCAAUCGAGGCAGCAAAGUGGGGUGAUGGAUUUCGUGAAGGAGGAAGUAAGGAGCUAGAGAUUGAGAGGAGUUGAAGAUGGAUUGCUGCAUUUGUAGCCCGACGGUGUCGGUUUACAGGCCGCCCAGGAACAGCAUCUGCGCCUCCUGCUACGACGGCGCCAGGAGCAUGAUCGCUUUCCUCAAUGAACUCGACGGCGGCGGCUCUAAGUGCCUGCCGGCCAAGGGGAUUUUGCAUGGGUUCGAGAAGAUGAAGGAGAUGCAACAGAGGGAGGAGGAGAUGAAGGAGAAGGUGGGUUUCCUCGAUGGGUUGGUGGCGCUGCGGGAAGGGAUGCACGCCGACAUCCUGGUGAAGGCCGGCGACGGCCGACCGAUUCCGGCGCAUCGAGCUGUGCUGGCGUCUAAAUCCGAAAUCUUCAAGACCAUGCUGCUCGCCGACGACUGCAAGGCCGCGCCCGCCGGCAACACCAUCUCUCUCCCUGAGCUCACGCAGCACGAGCUGCAGAGCCUGCUCGAGUUCCUCUACUCCGGCCAGCUGCCGCAGCCGGAGCAGGAGGCCAGCUCGACCGUGCGCUCCCUGCUCGUCGCCGCAGACAAGUACGACAUCCCCUUCCUCCGGCAGCGCUGCGAGCAGAGGAUUCUAACCGACCUUCGCGCCGCCAACGCGCUCGACGCUCUGGACGUCGCGCAGCGAUGCUCCGACGGGAUGCUGAAGGAGCGGGCGAUGCGGGUGGUGGUGGACAAGGCGGAGGAGGUGGUGUUCUCGGAGGGAUUCGAGGAGUUCGCGCGCCGGAAUGCGGAGCUGUGCGUGGAGAUCACGAGGGCGCUGGUGAGCAACAAGAUGACGAUGACGAACAAAGCAGAGCACGAUGGCGGCUGCGAAAUGCAUUAAUUAAUUUGAGAUUUUUAGUUUCUGCAAAGGCAGAGAAAAAGAAUACCAAUUGGUUAAUGAACUAUACAGUUUCUUUUCUUC